CAUUCUCAACAAACAAACACACUUCACUUUUUUGUCCGUCAAUUUGGUUUUUGAGUUUUCAACUAUGGAACCAAAUCGUGUUCAGUUUCUUGAGAACAGGACAUUGCUCGUCACCGGCGCUUCCGGUUUCCUCGCUAAAGGUAUUUUUUUUUCCGCUAAAGUUUUCGUGGAGCGAAUUCUGAGGUUGCAACCAAACGUGAAGAGGCUUUACCUCCUCGUAAGAGCAUCUGACAAGAAAUCCGCGGAACAACGAUUACAUAGUGAGGUUUUUGAGAAAGAUUUGUUUAGGGUGUUACGAAAGAAUAUUGGUGAUGAAAGUCUAAGCGCAUUAAUCUCGGAAAAAGUGGUUCCUGUUCCGGGCGACAUAUCACUAAACAAUAUGGGAGUGACUGACUCUAAUCUUUUACAAGAUAUGGUGCAAGAGAUUGACCUUGUUUUCCAUGCAGCUGCCACCACGAGAUUCGACGAACGAUACGAUGUUGCACUUCGGAUCAACACAUUUGGAGCACUCAAUGUCCUUAACUUUGCUAAGAAGUGUGUGAAAUCACAAUUGCUUCUCCAUGUCUCAACUGCUUAUGUUUGUGGGGAAAGAUCGGGAGUCAUACAAGAGAAACCUUUUGCAUUUGGAGAGACUCUUAACGGAAGAACCAAGGUAGAUAUCGAAACCGAAAUGCAACUGGUAGAGCAGAAAUUGAAAAGCCUCGUUGAACAAGGUUGUUCAGAAGAAGAAACUAAACAUGCCAUGAAAGAUCUCGGAACGAAAAGGGCAAAGCUUUAUGGGUGGCCUGACCCAUAUGUAUUCACCAAAGCAAUGGGAGAGAUGUUUCUUGGACAAUAUAGAGAAAAUAUGCCUAUUGUAAUAAUACGUCCCACAAUGAUCACAAGCACUUUCUUGGACCCAUUUCCCGGUUGGAUUGAAGGCGUAAGAACCGUAGAUAGUGUGGUUGUAGCAUACGGAAAGGGGGUGCUUAAGUGUUUUCUGGUUGAUCAAAAAGUAGCAUGUGAUAUUAUACCGGUCGACAUGGUGGCAAACGCAAUGAUCGUGACCGCAGAUGAACACUUCCAUGAUUUAGGAAGUCAAACCGUUUACCAUGUGGCCUCAUCUUACCAGAAUCCGAUAGUGUAUAAGCAAAUUUAUGAAGUAAGUGUUCGGUAUUUCAUGAAAAGCCCUCUGCUCAGUCGCAGUGGCAUGCCUAUUGUCCCAAAAGCUACACUUUUUUUAUCCACUAUGGCUAUGUUCCGUCUAUAUACGAGCCUUCGCUUUAAAUUUCCAUUACAGGUAUUGAGAUUACUAAGCAUAACUUUCCCAUUGCAAUUUGGAGACAAAUAUGAACGUCACAACCGUAAAUUCAAGAUGGCCAUGAGAUUGGUGAAAUUUUAUGAGCCUUACCUACUCUUCAAGGGCAUAUUCGAAGAUCAAAACUUGGAAACAUUACGAAUCAAGAAUGAAGCCAAAGAGAUGCACGACUUGUCCGGUUUCAAUCUCAUAUGCAUUGAUUGGGAAGAUUAUUUUAUGAAUACGCACAUCCCUGGCCUCGUUACGCAUGCACUCAAUAAAUAAAUUCCAAAAUACUAUGAUAUGAAGUGUUUAUUAAAAAGUAUUAUGUGAAUCAAAAGAUAUUGUAUUGUAUUGUAUGGUAUACUUAUUAGUUAUAGAAUAAUUAGUUGAUAUAAAUUGGAAAAUAGUGCUGUCUUUGUGAACACUGCCAUCUAUGUAAUACCGCUGCUUAAUAAUGUACUAUCCUAUAUUUGUAGUGUGUCUA